AUGCUUGUCUUGUAUGAAGGUCUGUACAGCCCUCCACUAAGAACACCGUAUUCUAGUGAACAGUUUAUGGAAGUGAGGGAAGAAAUGCUUAAAUAUGUGCUGAAGCAGGAGCCGGCCGUCCAGGAAAAGAACUUAGAAAAGCUGCAGCAUCACUUUGAAGUCCUCCAGAGGAGACAGGACAACCUGCACAGCCAGAUCCUGGCCGAGCUGAAUCAUGUGAACAACAACAUGGAAAUUCUGAGGAAGGAGAACCAGAAAAUGCAGGAGGAUUUUGCUCUACUACAGCAGCACUUGGGGGAAUUCAAGUCAAAUUGUGAGAAUCGACAGGAAGAGGCCAGUGACCCACAGACCCAGCACCAAAAGCACAUGGAAAGGAUGGAGGAAAUGUUGCAGUACGUGGUGAAACAGAAGGAGAUGGCCAUCAAGCAGAAGGAGUUAGCACGGAAGCUCCAGCAUCACUUUGAUGUCCUCCAGAUGAGGUUUGAGAAACUGCAGCAUGAGAUGGAACUGGCCACAGCCCAGGAAGAGAGCAUCCUGCAGAAUGACCUGCUGCAUCAGGAGUCACCUGCUGAGCCCAGUCUCCAGAAACCACAGAAUCCCCGGGAUGGAUUUACUUUAACAUAUUACAUUUCCUCAGUGUGAAUGGGUCCUAAUUUUAUGGAACCAGUGACCUAUCCGUCUUCUUCUGGAUCUGCUGCUCUUUGAUUUUCUGACAAUUCCCCUUGAGGGAAGUGGGGUGAUUGCCCAGCCACUAAGUGUCAAAGACUAGGCACGGCUGUACAACAGUGCUGCUAAAUCUGCAGCGAGAACAUGCUACUUAACAUAAUUUUAUGUUAGAGUUUUGUUGGGUUUGGGGGUUUAGAUGUUUUGGUUUUGAUA